AUGGCGGUGACCACAUUGUCCCGUGUUACCAGGCUCAUCACUGUCCCCCCGGAAACAGAGGGAGUUGUGCACGUCCGUGUCCCAUGGGACUCCCUCAGCUACCACCAGGGACGCCCCUUCUCCACUGUGGACAGAGACAACGACAUCGCCGUGACCAACUGCGCCCUGUCGUACAAGGGGGCGUGGUGGUACAAGAACUGCCACCGGACCAACCUCAACGGGAAGUACGGGGAGUCCAGGCACAGCCAGGGCAUCAACUGGUACCACUGGAAAGGCCACGAGUUCUCCAUCCCCUUCGUGGAAAUGAAGACGCGCCCCUACAACCACCGGCCCCUGGCGGGGAGGAAGCGGCGGUCCUUGCACUUCUGAGCCGUGGGCGGCCGCCGGCCACCUGACCUUUCUGUCAUUUGUUUGUAUUUUAUAAACCAGGCAAGGGGUGGGGAUCACAGCACUGCGCAUUGCAACGUGUCCUGAGUGUUCGAAGGAAGCAGGGAGUAGCAGUAAUCGGUUGAGAAUUAGCUGCUUAUGGUUUCUGCUGCCCUCGGGCCUGACCCAGUCCAUUCUCCCUCUUCUCCAGCCACCUUAGCCGGCCCCUUUUCCCACCAGGAGGAGAAGGGAGAUGUUUCCCUAAAAGACCAAAUCAAAGGCCAGUGGUGGAGUCAGGUUGCUAUGGUGACGGGCUCGUCCCUUCGCCCCUUGCCCUCCCUCGGAGACGUCCUCCCCUUCCCGGCAUGUGUCCCUGGUCACUGCCUCCCAAGGAAGAAGCCUCCACAAGAGAGUCUUGCGAACAACGCCCCCAAGAGGCAGCUCGACCUUGCCAUCCGCCAGCCCAAGCCUCUUUCACAGGCCAGAGGUUCUCACCUUCUGACCCUUCCGCCGAGUGGCCCUGUGACCUCUCAAGAGUAGUGACCUCCCUUCCAGCCCUCACGGAGCCUGUGCCUGCCCCCUACCCUGAGGCCCCGGGCCCCACAAGCCCAGCCACUGCUUCCGACGAUAGUUCCCAAGGUGCUCGGUGCCCGUGGCUGGCCCGGAGCUGCUCAUGGUUGUGCCCCUGUGGGUCUCUGUGGGAGGGGGAGAGGGAGAGAGUAGCGGGUUUUAGCGCUUUGGGGUCCAGCCUGGAGGAAAGGAAGGAGGAGGAGAAUUCAGGGCCCCUGUCACUGAGAUUCGAGGUCCCAUGGGGAACACAGGUCUUUAUUUCUGGUUCUCUGUGUCACAAACAGUUUUUUUCUGAGUUGCAAACUGAUUGCGAUCCUUAGCCAGGCUCUCCUUUGUGUGGGAGGCUUAAUAAGAGUCAGAGAAAGACGUUAUAUGACCAGCCAGCCAUUCUCCUAACUGGUAUUCCCUGGAAGAGGUGGGGUUUGAGGGUUUUGUUCUUGUUUUUUCCUUUUUGGUCCCAUGGAGACAGGAAUGGCCUCCUUAAUGAGGUGAGCUCCUGAGAAGGCUUCUCCACCUUCUUUUAUUUCUCUGCCUUUGAGAGGAGAAAUGAAAUGACAUCUAGAAAUCCAAGGUGAACAGGGAGGGCUGUGGGCCACCCCUCUGAUGAGAUGUUCUCUCUCCACUGGCUAGUCUGUGAUUUGAUUUUUAAGCCCAAGAGAGCUGGAGGCUCUAGAAGCCAGGACCCUUCAGCUUCUCCAAAUCAAACAUUAGCUGCCAUCCUCCCCACGGCGCUGGCCAAACCCAGGCUGUUUCCCCAGCUGCCCUCCCCCGUCCUCUCCUUCUCCUCAAGGCCUCAGUUCCACUCUCUGUAGUGUUCAACUGGGGCAUCCGGGUACCUGUACCACCUGCAGUCUAGCCAAGCAUAACCAAGAGACCAUCCCUCGGGCUGAUGACCACACCUGUGGUCACUUGCUGUGCACACUGCCAAGGCCUUGUCACGGCUGUGGUGUGGAUGUGAUUGACAUGCCCUGGACCAAAAAACAGAGGUGGCAUUUCCAUUUCUCAGUUCACUGUGGGCCUCAGAAAAACAAGGAGAAGCAGGGAAACACAAGCAAGCCUUUCUAGAAACCUGUAAGUUAAAUGAGACUUCGUGGAGUGGGCCGCCAGUAAACAGCGGGGAGCAGGCUGAAUGAGCUGAGCGACAGGCCGUUCUGCUGGCCCUGUGACAUCAAGGAGGGCGCUUCAUCUCUCUGGGCCUCCAUCUCCUCACCUGUUACAUGAAAGAUUAGGCCAGAAUGGCUUCUAACUUCCCUUUCAGCUUUGACAGUCAGUGAUGCCCAUCUCUCAUCUGAAAAUCUGCAUAGAAAUGGGCAUUGGGGAGGAAGCACGAUCAAGCCAUGAAAAUGCACCAGAAACCCAGCUUUAUUUAGGAAGGGAGGGAGGAGGGAGGGAGGGAAGGAAGCAAGGAUGGAGGGAGAAGUCA